GCUCUCUGACUCUGGGUCUAGUAGACAAAGUGCACAUUGUAUGGAGAUAAGUCGAAAUUAGUUUUUCGAAUCGAUCAAAAAGUGCAACUUGUCUAGUGAGGCACUAAGAAAGUAAUUUAAAUUGAACACUCGACUGUUAAUCGAUUUACUAAAUCGAGAAUGAAUGACUCAUGUCAUUCACGUAUGUCGAUUGUCGACUGUCAAAUCUUUCAAAAUCGACCAGCUGUCACGCUAAUUUGUUAUUCAUUCCUUUAAAACAUGUGAAAAAAUUGGAAAUUUCCAUUCAAAGCCAAUUUUGUUGCACUGUUUUGUUAUUUGCAACAACCGCAUUCAAUUUUGAAGUCUAAAACAUGUCUAAUGGUGAAGCAGAGCCGAAUGGAGACUGCGCGAUGCAGACGGAGCAGGCCGCUGAAAAACGCGUUGGUUGUGCCCACUACAAGCGCCGAGCUAAGUUUGUAACGCCAUGCUGCAACAAGUUGUACAUGUGCCGAUACUGUCACGAUGAAAACGAAGAGCACUACUUCAACCGCAAGUCGGUCACCGAGCUCAUCUGUACGGAGUGUGACACUCGGCAGAAAGUGCAGGCUGAGUGUGAGAACUGUGGUGUCCGGUUUGGAAAGUACACAUGUCUGAUCUGCAACCUGUUCGACGACGAGGAUAAGCGUCAGUACCACUGCGAUGGCUGUGGAAUAUGCCGCGUGGGCGGUCGCGACCGUUUUUUCCAUUGCGAGCGGUGCAAUAUGUGUCUGCCGGUGCAGUUACAACGCGUCGGCCACAGGUGUGUAGAGAACGUGUCCCGCUCCAACUGCCCGGUGUGCUUAGAAGACAUCCACACGUCCCGGAUCCCGUGCCACAUCCCGGACUGCGGGCACUUGCUGCACCGGCCCUGCUUCGAGCAGCUGCUGCAUUCGGGACACUACGCUUGCCCUACCUGCCAGACUAGCAUGAUUGAUAUGUCCAAUUUAUGGAACUACCUGGACUCAGAAGUAGCAGCGACGCCCAUGCCUCCAGAAUAUGCGGACUACAAAGCAACGAUAUUGUGCAAAGACUGUCAUAAGUUGUCCACUGUCAAGUUCCACGUGGUAGGACUAAAGUGCCAACAUUGCGGGGCUUACAACACGUGCCAAACCAAUGGAUUCCACAAAGAGAGCAGCAGCAGCAGUUCCGAAGCCGACUCCUCCACAUCGACAUCGGGCGCGUCCCGCAGCCGGUCCGGGUCGGCGGGCGCCAUAGAAAACGCCGCGGGGCCCGCGGGGACCGCGGAGCUUCCGCGCGCCAACCCCAUGGACGAGCCGCCGCAGGCCUGACCAAUACGCAGGUACCGCCGCCACCCGCCGCGCCCGCGCCGAUAGCAAGGCGGUAGGAAAGAAUAAAGAUUGCUAGUAGAUUAAAAAAUAAUAGUUGAGCGACGGCAGAACGAAAGGUUACUACGGUAGAUUAAAAAUUCUAGUUGACGCCAUAAACCAAUUUCAAGAUUUCAAACUCCAUUGCGUUUAUUUGAAUACUCGAUACUAGCGAAAGCAGCGGUACCGCCGCUACCCGCCGCGCGCAAGGCGAUAGCAAGACGGUAGAAAGAUGCUACUUGAUGGGUAGAUUGAAGAUAGUUGACGCCGUUAACCAAUUCAUGACUUCAAAUUUCACUGUGUCUAAUAUAAGAUUUUAAACUUUCGCGUUCCAUUUCAACCAAAAUAUUAAGACACGGGUCUUAACGCUACGUUUAUUAA